AAAUAAAUUAACUACUGUCAUACUUUUGCAGCUUGCAAGAUAUACUAGUGUGUAACCAUUAAAGAGGGUACAGUGAUUAAAGCUUUGGUUCUUAAGUGGUUAAAACACAAGUUUAAAUAAAGUAUGAGGACAGACACUUUGUGCAAGUUAAGGCCGAAAUUUUCUUUGAAACCUCCGCUCUGCCAACCUUUACUAAUAGAAUGACCAUUUAUUUAAAAUACUGAUAAGAUUGCCUCUCCAAACACUACAUGCUUUUGAAGCAACUCAUUGGAAUGAAAAAAUAUUGACAUCCUUGAUAGCACCAUUGUUGCAGCAAAUAACUCAUGUUUUAUGUAUACUUUAUUUGUAUAUUAAUACUUUGAGUUGGAAUCUCAAGGAUACAAGUUUUCUUCUGACAUAACCCCCUGAAGAAUUUAGAUGGUGGGGAACUAUAAGCUUGGUGAUCUUGACCUGCAAAUAUGUCCGAUGAAUCUGUUCUGGAUGCUAUACUCAGUUUACAAGAUCCGUUAUCUUCUUCUUGCUAGAAUGUUACGAUUAAUUAGGCUCUUGAUGCAAGUCCAGCGGUACCGUGCCUUUGUUGCCACGUUUUUGACCCUCAUACCAAGUUUAAUGCCAUUUAUGGGCAUCAUAUUUUGCAUUCUAUGCAUCUAUUGCUCUCUUGGUUUACAGAUAUUUGGUGGUCUAGUCAAUGCUGGGAACCCCAAAUUAGAAGGAACAGAUCUUUCUGAUAAUGACUACCUACUUUUCAAUUUCAAUGACUACCCAAAUGGAAUGGUGACACUUUUCAAUUUACUAAUAAUGGGAAACUGGCAAGCCUGGAUGCAGAGCUACAAGGAAUUGACAGGUACUUCAUGGGCGUAUGCCUACUUUGUUAGCUUCUAUCUAGUAACGGUUUUGCUGCUUUUGAAUUUGGUUGUAGCAUUUGUCUUGGAGGCAUUCUUUGCUGAAAUGGAUCUGGAAACUUCAGAGACAUGUGAAGACCCGGGGAAGGAAGGAGGAGAAACGUACAGGCGCCGUUACAUCGGGUCAAAAUCACGGAGUCAGAGAAUUGAUGUCCUCCUCCACCAUAUGUUAAGCACAGAGCUGGAACAAACGCAGUGCUCCAGUCCAUAAUUUUUUUGUUUCCAUCCUGUUAACUGGUUUACGUCUCCGAAUUUCCUUUCCACUUUAGAAAAAAUCUUCUUGUCCAUGCGUGUAUGAAAAUUUAAAAAGAAAAGUUGAUCGUGAAAAUCUGCUCUUUUACCUAAAUCCAGAACAAUAUUAUCAAUCCCAUACCCUAUUAUUCUGUAAACAUUAGAAGAUAAGUGACUAAGAAUACAGUUUUGUAAUAGUUUGACUUUCACUAUUUUUGUUCAUUUAUUAUUAUUAUUAUUAUUUUCCUGGAGAGAAGGGAGGAAAUUAGCUUUAAA